GGAUAAAUACUCUUGCAUAUUUUAUAAUCCUGUGGGAGCUGCCCCAGUUUGGCUUUCUACACACUCAUCGCUUAUUGCUACCAAUGCAAUUCCCCAGAGAGAGAUCAUUACAUCUGGCUUUCAGUCGAAAAUCUUACCCCAAUCCUAGACUCUCUCCUCAUAAUACCUACCCCACAUGUGCCCUGGAAUCUGUUAAAUUUAGAGAUUGUGUAACUCAACCUCUUUGUUACGAAAGCAGAUCUUUAGCUCACUCCUGCACGUACGUUCUACCACCAACAAAGUACUUGGAUCAUUGCUCACUCGGUUUAUUAAGGGAUUUGGAGAGCUUGUGUGUUCAGACCUCUCUGGAGCUCACACUGAACCUAUGUCUAGGAGCUAAAUCUUACCUAACACAAGGCUGCACUACUCAAGGCAUUGAAAGCAUCAGGGAUCCAGAGAAAUGGCUGCGUUUGCAAUAGUAUUGUGGAUUCUGCUCAAUCUGUCGUAUAUUUUGACACAAGAUUAUGGAGAGAUCCAGUAUGUAAAUGGUGUAGAAAACCAAAUCUCAGUUUUACCAGAUGGUUCCUGCAGAUGCCAGAAAGAGCUGAGUAAAUGGGACAAGCUAUUUGUGAUGCUGGAAGAUUCCCAGAUGCGAGAGAAUAUGGUAAUGCAGUCGGUGGACGAAGUCCUUAAGGUAGAACUACAAAGCAUGCGCUCCGAAAUGCUUCACUUUGUAGCUAACUUUGCAGGCACUUGCACCAACGCCAUGGACUCCGCCACGAUACGAAUCACGUCGCAAUUAGACAAGAAACUGACACACAAACUGGAGGAGGUGCGCAGGGUCAGAGUGCAGAAUGAAUCGGAAGUGAAGAGCGUCUGUCAGCAGCUCCUUUUGGCCAGCCGCGACGUGUCGAGCAGACUCGGCACACUCGAGACGGCUUGGCAGACUUCGGCGGACGCAAAGGAUCACCAGCCACCCAUCGAAGUAGGAAAGACAUCUUCUCACUACUUGGAAACCACCCUGAAUUCCUUGACCUUCGAGUUGCAGCAAAUCAAGGCUGAACUGAGAGCUUCUCGGGCGCGGGUGGAAAGACACACUUUGCCGACAGGUUGCGAAAUGGCCAUGGUGUUUCCCAUGCGGUCGAAGAAGAUAUAUGCAAGCGUUCAUCCCAGCGAUAUGACCCUGAGCUCAUUUACGGCUUGCGUGUGGGUGAAAGUCACUGAGGUGCUGGAAAAGACCAUUGUGUUCUCCUACGGAACGAAGAGAAACCCAUACCAAAUCCAGCUCUUCUUCGAUCACUUCGCAGUGGUGUUGUCUGUUGGCAAUGAGACGAGCCAGGUAGUGGCCAAGAAUGUGGUCUUCCCCGGUCAAUGGAAACACAUCUGCGGGAUAUGGAGUGCGGAGAAUGGAAAUGCCACUCUCUGGGUGGACGGAAAACUUGCAGGCUUCGCUCUGGGGGUGGCCGAAAAUUACAAUAUCCCAGACGGAGGGAUUUUGCAACUGGGUCAAGAAAAGAACGGCUGUUGUGUUGGAGGUGGCUUCGACGAGAGCUUAGCCUUUUCAGGGAAGUUGACUGACUUCAAUAUAUGGGACACAGUCCUCGAGGAAGAAGCAAUACUGAGUCUGGCUACUUACGAUUUCUGCAAAGCCAGAGGGAAUGUAGUGGGUUGGGGUGUCACAGAGAUCCUGCCACAUGGAGGAGCUGCGUUUAGUUAUUACUAACUGAUUGCUGAAUAAACAUGGGUCUCAGCAUGGUAACAUAACAAUCCAGUCGUAACAUGACAUCCAAUUCUAUUCAAUGAGAAAUUACUAUUUACACUUUUUUUUAAUAAAAAGACUUUUCUUUCCGCGGAUGAAUCACUCGGAUUCAACCACGGAGGGAAAGUCAUGAUGCAAAUUUGUAGCGGUAUCGAACUUCACCAAACUUGGUAACAACUUUUAUACUGGGGUCAGUGUGCCCAAAAUGGUGUCUGAACUCUUUCAGUUGAUCCAUGUUGAUGAGAAACAAUAGAGAAAGUAAAAACCCACUACCACCCAUCUUUGAUGGUCCAUUUUGUGCUUGGAUUUCAUGACCCCAAUAUCUGCAAUACAUUAAAUGCUGUAAGCUUUUUGGACUUCGUAUCUUUUGUUGCUGGAGCAUCUGUACUAACGUCCAGUUCUUCAGGAUCGAAGACAAAUGCGGCUUUAGUUACAAAAUUGUAAAUGGAAAUCUAUAUUUGAAAACAAUUUAUAUUCCCAAAUACUAUUACAGUUUGACUUCGGAAUUUCUGCGUUUUUUUUUAGUACAAUGAGAAUAAAACACUAUUAUGAUUAUUUAAUAGGUAAACUAGCAAAAAUAAUUGAAGGUUUAGCUUCUCCAUUCUAAAACUAAAGAUCAUGUUGAUAGAGACAUUUAAGAUGCAAGUAAAACACAUUCUUUACUCUGUGCAUUGUGUCUGUAUUAUACGGUUCAGUUCCUUUGCAAACGCCCUUAAAUUUUUAUAUCUUAAAGAGUCUAAUUUUAUAUUAUAGUGCUGUUAUGAACAAUAUAUUGUCAACCAUAUCAUGCAAAUCUCUUGAAUUUUGUAAUUAAAAAAAACGAAGAAAAUUGUCAUCACGCCUGUGUUUUUGGUACAGAUCAAUAAACCUGAAAAUGUUUCAAUGAUACACAAA